UCGGAAAAAUGAGGAGUAUGAGCCAGACAGCCUGAAGUCAAUACAGUCAUCGAUUAAUAGGCACUUGAUGGAAAAGAGUGGAAUAAAUAUUCUUAAAGAUAAGGAAUUUCACCACAGUAGAGAGGUGUUAUCCGCGAAAAGAAAGCACUUGAAGUCACAGGGACUGGGAAACAAAAAGAUGAAAGCUGAUCCAUUCUCAUCCUCUGAAAUAGAUAUGCUAUUUGAACAGAAUCUCCUAGGAACAGGCAACCCUGAGGCACUACUUAAUACCAUAUGGUUAAAUAAUACUUUGCACUUUGGUAUGAGGGGAAGGAAAGAGCAUACUGACAUGUUAUUUGGAGACAUAAAAAUGAUGACAACAGCAAGUGGAGAGCAAUAUUUGGAAUACAAUGAAAGUCUGACUAAAACCAGGACAGGACAAAGUGACAGUAGAGCAUUUGCACCUAAAAUGUUUGCAACACCAGAUAAUCCACGCUGUCCAGUGAAUGCAUUCAAGCAAUAUAUUCGUCGUCGCCCUGAAUAUGCUCUGACUCCAGACAGUCGCUUUUAUCUAAGUAUUAAAAGGAUAAUACAACCUGAUGCCAGUGAAAAUGCUAAACAAACAUGGUUUACCAUGCAGCCAUUGGGUAAAAAUACUCUAGGAGAUUUAGCUAAAAAAAUGUCUAUGAAAGGUGGUCUUACAGGAAGAAAGGUUAACCAUAGUGUUCGCAAAACUACAGUGUCCUCACUUCUUCACUCCAAUGUGGAGGCUACUACCGUCAUGCAGUUGACAGGCCAUAAGAAUGUUGCUUCCGUCAAUGAGUAUAGUUCAGCAUCAUUACAGCAACAGCAAACUAUGUCAAAUAUCUUAUCCGAUAUUGGUUCAGGAAGCCGGGGAUUAAUACCACAAGAACCAACUCCAAACACUAGCAUUGAAGCCAAAUCUGCAGAUUUUCCGGAGGAUGAUAUUUUUCACAGUGUUGAAUUAAAUGAAGUUUGCAAAACAAUUGAAAAUUUUGAAUCUGUAUAAAAAAAUGUAAAAAUAAA